UUCGACCGCCUCUUUGACGAGGCGUUCGCAGCUCGUACCGGUGGGAACACCACUGGAAAUAACCAAGUGCAGCGCCGGAGCACUGACAAUGGAUCACGUCUGUUGAGACCAAGGAUGGACGUACACGAAGACAAUCAGAAUAACCUGGUGACGGCUACCUUCGAGCUCCCGGGUCUCAAGAAAGAAGACGUCAACAUCGACGUGCAGAACAACCAGCUGAGCGUCUCCGGGGAGACCAAGAUCUCGUCGGAGCGUGACGAGAAUGGAUACGCCGUCCGCGAGCGGCGGUACGGCAAGUUCUCGAGGACGCUCCCGCUUCCUCAGGGUAUCAAGCCCGAGGAGAUCAAGGCAUCGUUGGAGAACGGCGUCUUGACUGUCACCUUCCCUAGGACCGCACCUGAGGCGGCCCCGAAGAAGAUCACUAUCUCGUGAAGUCACGGGCCUCGAGGAGGAUAGAGGAGCCACGAAGCAUACAAUGUACUGUAUACCUGCGAUGGAUGUAUCAUAUACCUCUGUAUUAUAAAUGCAUGAUCAUCUCCCA